AUGGCCCUGGAGCAGGCACUGCAGGCGGCGCGGCAGGGAGAUUUGGAUGUGCUGAGGUCCCUGCAUGCAGCCAACCUGCUGGGGCCCUCCCUGCGCGACCCCCUGGACGCCCUGCCUGUGCACCACGCGGCCCGCGCGGGCAAGCUGCACUGUCUGCGCUUCUUGGUGGAGGAGGCAGCCCUGCCCGCUGCGGCCCGCGCACGAAACGGCGCCACACCGGCCCACGACGCCGCAGCUACCGGCCACCUCGCCUGCCUGCAGUGGCUGCUCUCGCAGGGCGGCUGCAGGGUGCAGGACAAAGACAAUUCUGGUGCCACGGUCCUGCAUCUGGCUGCCCGCUUCGGCCACCCUGAGGUGGUGAACUGGCUGCUGCGUUACGGCGGUGGGGAACCCACCAUGGCCACAGACACGGGCGCCUUGCCUGUCCACUAUGCCGCCGCCAAAGGAGACUUCCCCUCCCUGAGGCUUCUUGUCGGGCACUACCCUGAGGGAGUGAAUGCCCAAACCAAGAAUGGUGCCACGCCCCUGUACCUGGCGUGCCAGGAGGGCCACCUGGAGGUGACGCAGUACCUGGUGCAGGAGUGCGGCGCGGACCCGCACGCGCGCGCCCACGAUGGCAUGACCCCACUGCACGCAGCAGCACAGAUGGGCCACAGCUCGGUCAUCGUGUGGCUGGUGAGCUGCACCGACGUGAGCCUGUCGGAGCAGGACAAAGACGGCGCCACAGCCAUGCACUUCGCCGCAAGCCGCGGCCACGCCAAAGUGCUCAGCUGGCUCCUGCUGCACGGCGGCGAGAUCUCGGCCGACCUGUGGGGCGGGACCCCGCUGCACGACGCCGCAGAGAACGGCGAGCUGGAGUGCUGCCAGAUCCUGGUAGUGAACGGCGCGGAGCUGGACGUCCGCGACCGUGACGGGUACACGGCCGCCGACCUGUCGGACUACAAUGGCCACAGCCACUGCACCCGCUACCUGCGCACCGUGGAGAACCUGAGUGUGGAGCAUCGAGUACUGUCCCAGGAUUCGUCCACUGAGCUGGAGGCAAAGCAGCCUGACUCGGGCAUGUCCUCACCCAACACCACCAUGUCAGUCCAGCCACAGAACUUUGACCUCAGCUCGCCUGCCAGCACCCUCUCCAACUAUGACUCCUGCUCUUCCAGCCACUCCAGCAUCAAGGGCCAGCGCCCUCCUCCUCGUGGACUUUCCAGCGCAAGAGCCGCAGACAUACAGAACUAUAUGGAUAUGCUGAACCCAGAGCUGGGCCUGUCUCAGGGCAAGAUGGGGAGAUCUGUACCCCCGCCACCGCCCCCCAGCUUCCCUCCACCGCCCCCACCCCCAGGCACCCAGCUGCCCCCACCUCCACCGGGCUACCCAGCCCCCAACCCCCCUGUGGGGCUCCAUGCCGCUGACAUCUACAUGCAGACCAAGAACAAGCUCCGCCACGUGGAGACAGAGCCACUCAAGAAGGAGCCUAAGGCAGGCCACUCCAGGAUGAAGCUGAAUAAUCAGUUUGCACUGAAGAGCUGGGGAAGGGGGCGUUGCGGGGUGUUGGGGACAAGUGGUCAAAGCCCAUCGGUCUUCCCGCAGCCGAGCUCCCGCGACCACCACAACGGGCUGCGGAGGCAGGACUCCGGCCGCAAGUCCCGGACCUUCAUCAAGCAGCCCAGCACGGGGGACUACUACCGCCAGCUGGGCCGCUGCACCGGGGAGCCGCUGGCAGCACGCCCGGGCAUGGCGCACAGCGAGGAGGCGGCUCUGCUCCCGGGGAACCACGUGCAAAACGGCUGCACCGCGGACUCUAAGCCGUCCAGGGAGCUGCCGCCACCGCCGCCGCCACCGCCGCCGCCCCUGCCUGAGGCCCAGAGCUCGCUGCCGCCUGCCCCACCUCUGCCCUUGGAGGGCGCGGGCUCCGGCUGCGGGCAGCGCCGCUCCUCGUCGUCCACCGGCAAAGUGAGAGUCCUGAGGCACAGGAAGAGCACCAAGUCUUUCAACAUGAUGUCCCCAACGGGUGACAACUCAGAGCUACUGGCUGAGAUCAAGGCAGGCAAGAGCCUGAAGCCAACACCGCAGAGCAAGGGGCUGACCACAGUGUUCUCAGGCAGCCGGCAGCCAGCAACCCAGCCUGACACACAGGUGCCACCUGUGUCACCUGCCCCAUCUCGGGCCCGGAGCCCCACUCCACCAGCCGURGGGCCUCAGCCACUGCUCAAUGGCAGCAUAGUGCCCGCACCACCCGCCACCCCUGCGCCAGGUGUGCAGCUCAAUGUGGAAACGCUCGUCCCCAUACACGACGAGCAGGGCCGGCCCAUCCCUGAGUGGAAGCGCCAAGUGAUGGUGCGCAAGCUGAUGGUGAAGAUGCAGGAGGAGGAGGAGCAGAAGCGGAAGGAGGAGGAGGAGGAGGCCCGGCUGGCCAGCCUGCCUGCCUGGAGGCGAGACCUCCUUCGGAAGAAGAUGGAAGAGGAGAGGGCGCAGAAGCGAAAAGAGGAGGAACGGCAAAAGCAGGAGGAGAUUCAGCGGGAGAAAGAGCAGUCGGAGAAGCUGCGGACGCUGGGCUACGAUGAGAGCAAGCUGGCGCCCUGGCAGCGACAGGUCAUCCUGAAGAAGGGGGACAUCCCUAAGUAAUACUUCGCGGCCCCUUGCCCACAGCCUCCAGAGCUCCAAGAGGUGGGGGUCCCCCAGUCCCCGCCCUACUUGGCCUGACGGUGCGGAAGGUCUGGGAGCCGCGCGGCCCUCCUCUUCCGCGCCAGAAUCCUCCCUAACCCCCUUCCCUGGUCCCGCAUCCCCAGCCCCGCCAACGCUGGAGCGCGCGCCGCCACAGUCGCCGGGAAAAAGUGCCCAAGCUGCUGACGCAAAAAGAUGCUGCUUCUUUGCAUGCCGACUUACAUAUAUUUGCAUGUUCGUUGAAUGUCAACGUGUGCAGAGCUCUCCCCAGCCCCGUGGGUGGCGACUGUUUUCCUGCGGGGCGCGCGCUCAGAUGCAGCCCCCUCCCCCGCACCCCGGAACCUGGGUCGCUGGCGCAUCCUGGGCGGAGGCAGGCCCCGAGCUCGGGGAAGGGGUUUUCCUCCCUCCUCGACCCAGAUCUGCACCCGGCCCAGGCCGCAUUUCUCAUCACCCCCGAGGGUUUCCUCUCAGUCAUUUGUUUACCAGAAACCGGUGAAAACUGCCUGUUGGGGCAGAGCUGGGGGCGGAGUUGCUGCUUCCCGGGGCCCCACCUCCCUCUAGUUAAGUCUGCGCCCCGUCCCCAGCCAGGCCCCUCGCUUCCCAGACCUUUUGGUGGAGUGAGUGGAGGGCGAGGAGCCCUGCACUUA